AGCCUUAGUUUCUUAGUUUUGUUUGCUAGCAUUGGUUUAAUUAGGUGGAAAAUGUGAAAUUAUUAUACUUUGGAGGAUAUUAUAAAACUUUUUAUAAAAAAGAAUACAUAAAAAAAAAUCCAUCAUCAUUUUUUGUUACAAACUGAAAUAUGUGGCAGAGAAGUCGUGAAUAUACAUCGUAUCUGUGAUAUCCAUUAUAAAAAAGUAGUUUGGUUAAGUGACAAUGCUAAGAAAAGUGUUCAAAACAAAGCUUAUUACUACAAAUUUCCUCUUGGCGAAGCUUCUCUUAUCAGCAUUCAUAUUAUUCUCUUUAGAACAAGUUAGCGCUAUCAAAUGUUAUAAAUGUGCUGUAAUACUGGAGAAGACAUAUUCCUAUACCAAAAACUUAACAAUUGUAACACCUAUGUGCUCAAAAUUUUACGAAUCUGAUGAAUAUAUUGUUGAUUGCAAAUAUUCUACUAUGUGCCUAAAAACAAUCUCAACUUUGCAUUUACAAAAUGGUCAAAAUCAAGAGACUGUCACUAGAGGUUGUGCCCCUCAAAAGGAUACUAAACAGGUGUUCAGUAAUGGACGUUGGAACCAAGAACAUUCCGUGCAAGAGGUCUACGAAGAAGGCUGUAAGGAGCUAAGUGGUGAUUCAAUAUCCGCUUCUUCCAAAACACAUUGCUACUGCCGUGGAGAUUUAUGUAACACAUCCAGCAGAUCUUUUACUAUGAACGUCUUUAUAUGGUUAUUUGGAUUUGUUACUCUUAUGCUAUUAAAAUAGCCGUCCCAUUUUUCCAAAAUGAUAUAAAAACUUUUACAUUUAUUUUCUUUUGAUUUGGAGAUCUUCAUGAACAUUUUUAGGUUUCAUCCAUUCUUCUUUUCAUUAUGUAAAUUGUUUGUUCUUAGAAAGAUUACAAAGUUUGUAUAUGUAUUCCUUGUUAAUUUAAGUAAAUUUUGUGAUAUGUAGUCGGUGGACAGCUUAAGUGUUCCCUACGCUAUUUUUGUUUUUGUCUUAAUAAGGCAAUGCCGGUGACAUGCUCAGUUUUUGCAGCAAUUUUCCAAAAAAUAUAAACUUAACUUAAACUUGCUGCAAUUAUCCGGUAACUAUUAUUGCAACGACAUAUUCCUUACAGUGUAAACUACAAUUCUUUUGAAGUGUGAUCAGUUUUAUUCGUGAUUUCCUUUUUGAAGAUAGGAUCUCACCGUAGACAAUGCACAGUUCUGGGUCGAUACCCUCUCUAGUUUGCAAUAAAUUCAGUGAUCAAUGUGCUCCAUAUGCUUUAAAUGUAACCAAAUCGAAGAAGUGGCAUAUGCAACACUUAAGCGUGCAACCGACCAAUGUGUAUUUCUAUUGUUGGAAUAUCCGAAUUAUUGCGAAUGCAAAUCUCUCAUAAUAUGCUUCCCUUACUGUGACGUUUAUGUUUUUUAUUCAUUUUUUGUUUAAUUUUUUUACUUUUUGGAUGUAUUAUUCUAAUCAUUUGCGCCCAACCCUUUGAAUUAAAUCCUUUUUGUUUUCUAAAUCUGUUAAUAAAAAAAAACAUGCUACUUUG